CAAAUAAAAACCCAACUCACCACCCCCCCCAAAAAAAAACAAAAACCCAAAAACAAAAACAAAAUACACCCUCUUAUUGAGUCCCUGUGCACCUCCUCCAAAUCUCUCUCUCUCUCUCUCUCUCUCUCUCUCUCUCUCUCUCUCUCUCUCAUCAUCAUCAUCAUCAUCAUCAUCUAUGAGGAUCAGAAGGAGACCUCCUCCUCAUCCUCCUCCUCCUCUCAUAUCCACAACCAUGGUGUUAGAUCCAUCUCCUCCACCCCAAGAAGAGAGUGGGAAAACACAAGUGCAUGAGCAAAGAGAUGGGCUAUUACUAUUGCACCAAGAUGGAGAUCUACUGCAUCUUGGUGUGGGAAAAGGUUUACCCAGUAGUGGAUCUGAUCCUUCUCCUCCCCACCUCUCAAGUUCUUGCAUUUCACCCACCAUUACCACCCAUGUGCAGGUGCUUGAGGAGGAGGAACAAGUAAAUAGUAAUGAGAGCAAAUUCAAUGGUUGUGAUGGGGAACCAGAAGAGAAAACAAUAAUAGUGGGGGAAAAGAACAAGGCCAAGUACAUGAGAGCCAAAGCUAGUAGUAGCUCUAAUGGAAGUGAUGAACAUGGGAAGAGGGAAAAGCGGCGAAGGCGCAGCCCGGCGGUGCUGAUGGAGGGGUCACGGUGCAGCCGCGUGAACGGGCGGGGGUGGCGGUGCUGCCAGCCGACGCUCGUCGGCUACUCGCUGUGCGAGCAUCACUUGGGGAAGGGGGCGCGGCUGCGGAGCGUGAGUAGCGUGCGCGGUCGACUCGGCUGCUCGACGAAGAAAGGAGUAGGGGACGGGCCGUCGACGACGACGAAGAUCGCGACGACGGUGAAGGCUCGGUCGAUAAGCAGCUUGCUCGACGUCGAGAGCGACGAUACCACCCAUUCAGAAUCGCUAUCGUCGUCAUCGUCGCUACCGCCGCCGCCACCGAAUGCCGCCACAUCUAAAGGUGAAAUUGCCAUGCUUUGAUUUUAUGUGCUAACACCCUUAAUGAGGAUCACACUUUGUUGAACUUCAGAUGUAUUUUUUUGUGAUUUUUGGGUAAGAUUAAUGGAAUAUAUUUUGGAGAUAUUGAGUUGAUUUGUUAGAAAA